AUGCAGCCAUCUCGCCGUCACCUCCUCCUCCUCCUGCUGCUGCUGCUGCUGCUCGGGGUAGCGUCGUUCAUCACGACGAGCUCCGCCUCGUCGCCGGUGUCCAGGACGUUCACCGUGGAUCAGCGAGGCGGCGGCGACUUCAGGUCCGUGCAGUCGGCGGUGAACUUCGUGCCGGAUGGCAACCGCGAGUGGAUCAGGAUUCAUGUGAAGGCAGGAAGCUACAAGGAGAAGGUUACCAUCCCAAGUGAGAAACCAUACAUACUGCUGGAGGGAGAUGGCUCCCGGAACACGGACAUCACCUUUGAUGCUCACGCCCACACCGGCAUUGACGAGCUGGUGACCGGCGGCGGCUCCGGCAACGUCAGCAACUCGCCGACGUUCUACAGCGCCACCUUCAUCGUCCUCGCCGACAACUUCGUCGCUCGGAACAUCGCCUUCAAGAACACGUACAACGCGCGCGACAAAAGCAAGCCGGACCAGGCGGUGGCGGCGCUCGUCGGCGGCGACCGGAGCGCCUUCUACGACUGCGCCUUCCACGGCUUCCAGGACACGCUCUGCGACUUCGUCGGCCGCCACUACUUCCGCCGCUGCCUCAUCAGCGGGGGCGUCGACUUCGUCUUCGGCUACGGCCAGUCCAUCUACGACGGCUGCACGCUGGAGUCCAACAUGCCGCCGUCGAUGCGGCGGCAGCCCGGCUGGGUGACGGCGCACGCCCGGCUCGCCGCCGGCAGCCCCGGCGGGUUCGUGUUCAAGGGCGGCUCGCUGCGCGGCUCCGGGCGACAGUACCUCGGCCGCGCGUGGAACCCGUUCGCCACCGUCGUCUUCUACCGGAUGUCCAUGGCCGACAUCGUCGUGCCCCAGGGGUGGCAGGCAUGGCACUCCCCCGACGUGUCGAGCAUCACAUUUGCGGAGGUCGAGUGUGAAGGGCGAGGAGCUAACAAGACUGGGAGAGUGGCGUGGGAGAAGCAGCUGGACGAGGAGCAGGUGCACAAGUUCGUGGACAUCACGUUCAUUGACGACGGCUGGCUAUCCAAGCAACCGUCGCUUUAG